GUGUCUCAUAACAUUUCAGAGUUGUCUUCCCAACAAAAAUGAGAUCUUCUGAUGAAAACUUCAUGGAAAUGACGUCCUACUCGGCUUCAAAGGCCAGUCCUAGCCCAAGAAUGACAUCAGUGAGGAUAGAUCAACCUGAAAAUGCUCUAAAACAGAUGAGCAGGAUCCUCCCUCAAACCUACUUAUCACUUGAUUAUCAGUCUGAACAAAGAUCUGGUCAUCUCGGCCACAGACUGACUGCAAAAGUUAGCCCCCCUGCACUGUUGCAAUCUCCAUUCUCUAACUCUUCUUCACAGAUUGUCUCUCCUUCUCCAGUUGCCAUUUUCGGGCUUCCAGAGAAGAUGGAAAGUUUCGGUAGCGAUCAUGCAACAAUGAUGAUAUCCAACAACGGUCUUCCUCAUCAGCGGAUGGACGUUGAUCAGGCUCCUGAAGAUCACACCAUUGUUGAUGUUCUAAAUGUCGAACCUUCAUAUCCAAAAAGAAGGGAAGAUGAGGUAUCAAACAUGAUUGGAGCCACAAGACCGGGCAGUAACCAUGAAACAGUCAUCAUAAUUCAAAUGGAAAGGGAAGAAAACAAUCCUGACGAUGGUUAUAGCUGGAAAAAAUAUGGUCAGAAAGUCAUCAAGGGGAACCCAAAUGCGAGGAGUUACUACAAAUGCACAUUCUCUGGGUGCAAAGUAAAGAAGCAUGUGGAGAGAAGAAGUGACAAUAUGAAGUCAUUGGUGACUUCAUACUUCGGUAAUCAUGUGCACCAUGCACCAAUUCAACGCAGAAAGUCUUACCUUCUAAAGAAUCGGUCAAGUUCUUCAAUGUCUCAAGAUCCUAGCAAUCGGACCUCUCGGUUAGGCAGGCCACCUUCUUGCUCUUCGGCCUCUCAGGUUUUCUCUCCUUCGUUGGAGCCACACCUUGAUAUGACUCAGAUCUAUAUGACUGGACUCUCUCUGAGUUUACCAGGUAACCAGAAUGAUGAACCGAAGAUUGAUCGUGCGAUACCCGAUGGUACAUAGGUAUACAUGGGGAUAAGGGGUCGUCUAUUUCUUUACCUAUGCGUCAACCUUUAGAUGGUAAAACCUUAACAAACAAAAAAAGAUGUAAACCCUUUUUAUAUCCCUGGUGAUCUAUACUAUUAUGUACAAGAUAUACAAUCUUGUAGUCAUCCCUUUUUUUAAUGCAUAUUGUCUUUAAAUUGACCUAUUUA